ACCCCAAUGCCUCCCACCACGUCGCGUUUAGUAAUCUCCAUCACUGAUGGUGUUUCACUGGUGUAAGUGCCAUUCGCGGUCGAAGUCAUAGCUGUCACACGUUAAGUAGUCAACCGGAGUCUUACUCACCGAUUUUUUCUUCAGCAACACUAUGCUCACUCAACCAGCGCAGAUCUCGGAAACCAGCUGAUGAUGGUGUACCACCAGUUGCGUGUGAGAGGCUAAACGUGUCUCGCGUCGCGCGCCGCAUCGAUCGGCGGAGGAGAGCCCAUCUACCACACGGCGACGGCAGGUUACCUGUUGAGUUGAGACGCCUUUGCAUCCGAGCGACAGUCUUCGUCCAGGUGUUCGCGAGUUCGGUUGUGGUUUUGCAUUCACUGCGUGUUACCGUGUUGCUCUUGUCUCAGGUUUGGUUGUGCUGCUGCUGUUGAGUGUGUGUUGAGUGCUCUAUAGUGGUGUUCAUUAAUCGUCGAGUCGGGAUCAAUAUUGCAGCUAAAUGAGAACUACAUGAAAAUCAAGUGAGAAAUCAAUUUGUAGUGAGGCGAAAAUAUGAGUGUCCUCCGGAGGCCCUUUGUGGCUGUGCUGGUGCUGUGUCUCGUGACGUCCCUACUGCUGGCCCAGAGGAACGAUGGCGGAGGAGAACGGCUAAUGAGUCAUGUGGAGAAGCAGCGCUACGACGGAUGGUACAACAAUCUGGCCCACCCGGACUGGGGAGCUGUUGAUAAUCAUCUAACGAGGAAAGCACCUCCAGCUUACUCGGAUGGCGUGUACGUCCUAGCCGGGUCAAGCCGGCCUUCGCCUCGGAAGCUGAGCAGGCUGUUCAUGCGGGGCAAAGAUGGGCUGCCCUCCAUGCACAAUCGCACUGCCAUUCUGGCCUUCUUCGGUCAGGUCGUUACCAAUGAGAUUGUUAUGGCCUCCGAGUCAGGCUGCCCCAUCGAAAUGCAUCGAAUCGAAAUCGAAAAGUGUGACGAAAUGUACGAUCGCGAGUGCCGGGGCGAUCGGUAUAUUCCGUUUCACCGGGCAGCCUACGACCGAAACACCGGCCAGAGCCCUAAUGCACCUCGGGAGCAAAUCAAUCAGAUGACCGCGUGGAUCGACGGUAGUUUCAUCUACAGUACGUCUGAGGCGUGGUUGAAUGCGAUGCGGGCGUUUCAGGACGGUUUGUUGCUCACAGACAAGGAAGGUACGAUGCCGGUUAAAAACACGAUGCGAGUACCGCUGUUCAACAACCCGGUGCCGCACGUGAUGCGAAUGCUCAGCCCCGAGCGAUUGUAUCUUCUGGGCGAUCCGCGAACAAAUCAAAAUCCCGCCUUGCUCACGUUUGCCAUUCUGCUUCUGCGGUGGCAUAAUGUGGUCGCCAAACGGGUCCGGAAGCAGCACCGAGAUUGGACCGAUGAGGAAAUUUUCCAACGAGCGCGGAGGGUUGUAGUGGCCAGUUUACAAAAUGUGAUAACCUACGAAUAUCUGCCAGCAUUUUUAGAUGCCGAACUGCCACCGUAUGCGGGUUACAAGGCCGACACCCAUCCGGGUGUUAGCCACAUGUUCCAGGCUGCUGCGUUCCGAUUCGGACAUUCGCUCAUACCGCCAGGCUUGUUCCGGAGGAAUGGAAGAUGUGACUUCCGCAAGACGAACAUGGACUAUCCGGCGCUGAGAUUGUGUUCCACGUGGUGGAAUUCAAAUGACGUGCUAGACGACACCCCCAUCGAGGAGUUCCUGAUGGGCAUGGCGUCGCAGAUUGCCGAACGGGAAGACCCGCUACUGUGCUCGGACGUGCGGGACAAACUGUUCGGUCCGAUGGAGUUCUCCCGGCGGGAUCUAGGAGCGCUGAAUAUCAUGCGCGGCCGGGACAACGGCCUGCCCGAUUACAAUACAGCUAGAGUUGCAUACAAACUACCAAAGAAGAAAACGUGGCGCGACAUCAAUCCCCAGGUGUUCGAACGGCAGCCGGAACUGUUGGAUUUGCUAAUUGAGACGUACGAAAACCGAUUGGAUAACGUAGAUGUAUACGUUGGGGGUAUGUUGGAGUCGGAUGGAAAGCCAGGAGAGCUGUUCACUGCAGUGAUCAUCGAUCAGUUUACAAGGGUUCGAGAUGCCGAUCGGUUUUGGUUUGAGAAUGAGGAUAACGGAAUUUUCACAAAGGAGGAAAUUGCUGAACUACGGAAAAUAACCAUGUGGGACAUCAUCGUCAAUAGCACGGACAUUGAUCCGGACGAGAUUCAGAAAGACGUUUUCCACUGGAGUGAAGGUGAUCCUUGUCCUCAGCCAGAGCAGCUGAACGCUACUUUGCUAGAGCCGUGCAACUAUCUGGAAGGAUACGACUAUUUCUCCGGUUCGGAGCUAGCCUACAUUUAUUCAUGCGUAUUCCUUGGAUUUGUGCCGAUUCUGUGUGCCGGUGCCGGGUACUGCGUAAUCAAGCUGCAAAACAGUCGUCGACGCAAGUUGAAGAUCAAGCAAGAGGCGCUGAAGAAUGCCGGGAAUAGCAAGGCUUCUGUCGAGAAGAUGGUGGCUCGUGAGUGGCUGCACGCGAAUCACAAACGCUUGGUAACAGUGAAAUUCGGUCCUGAAGCGGCGAUCUACACGGUUGAUCGCAAAGGGGAGAAAUUGAGAACAUUCAGCUUGAAGAAUGUGGAUGUCGUGACAGUGGAACAAUCUCAUGAAAACUAUAAGAAAAAGAAACCCUACAUCUUGCUCAGGGUACCUAGCGAUCACGAUUUGGUCUUGGAGUUGGAAUCAAAUUCCGCGCGGAGGAAGUUCGUGAAGAAGUUGGAAGAUUUCCUGCUUCUGCACAAAAAGGACAUGACAUUUGUGGAGGUGCCAAGAGACAUCAUGUUGGCAAAGGCAGAAACCCGCGAGCGCCGGCAGAAGAGGCUAGAGCACUUCUUCCGAGAGGCGUACGCGUUGACGUUCGGAUUGCGACCGGGUGAGCGACGACGAAGAUCGGACGCUUCGGUUGAUGGAGAGGUCAUGACGGUCAUGAGAACCAGCCUAUCGAAGUCCGAGUUUGCUGCAGCCUUGGGAAUGAAGCCCGACGACAUGUUUGUCCGCAAGAUGUUCAACAUUGUCGACAAGGAUCAGGAUGGGAGAAUUUCCUUUCAGGAAUUCUUGGAAACGGUGGUGCUGUUCUCGCGUGGUAAAACCGAUGACAAGCUGAGAAUCAUUUUCGACAUGUGCGACAAUGACCGUAACGGAGUGAUCGAUAAGGGAGAGCUGAGUGAAAUGAUGCGUUCGUUGGUGGAGAUUGCCAGAACUACAAGUGUGACGGACAGCCAAGUGAAGGAACUGAUCGAUGGAAUGUUUCAGGAUGUUGGCCUGGAGCACAAGAAUCAUCUCACGUAUCAGGAUUUCAAGCUGAUGAUGAAAGAGUACAAGGGUGAUUUUGUCGCGAUCGGGUUGGACUGCAAGGGAGCCAAGCAGAACUUCUUGGACACUUCAACGAAUGUGGCUCGCAUGACGUCGUUCCAUAUCGAACCUCCGUCGGAUACCCGCCGUAAUUGGAUGCAGGAAAAGUGGGACAGCUAUACAACGUUUCUGGAGGAGAACCGGCAGAACAUCUUUUAUUUGUUCCUGUUCUAUGUGAUUACCAUUGUGUUGUUUGUCGAACGGUUCAUUCAUUAUUCAUUUAUGGCGGAGCAUACAGAUCUCAGACACAUUAUGGGAGUUGGAAUAGCGAUCACACGAGGUUCUGCUGCAUCAUUAUCCUUCUGUUAUUCGCUGCUAUUACUCACCAUGUCAAGAAAUCUCAUCACCAAGCUGAAGGAAUUCCCAAUUCAACAGUACAUCCCUCUGGAUUCUCACAUCCAGUUCCACAAGAUCGCCGCAUGCACGGCACUUUUCUUCUCGCUGCUUCACACCGUCGGCCAUAUCGUGAACUUCUAUCACGUCUCUACGCAGUCCAUCGAGAACCUCAAAUGUCUCACCAAGGAAGUACAUUUCACGUCGGACUACCGACCGGACAUCACCUACUGGUUGUUCCAAACCGUUACAGGUGUCACCGGGGUCAUGCUGUUCGUCAUAAUGUGCAUAAUCUUCGCAUUCGCACACUCCACAAUCCGAAAGAAGGCCUACAAGUUCUUCUGGAAUGCGCAUUCGUUAUACAUCGUAUUGUACGCGCUAUGCCUUAUCCAUGGCCUGGCUCGGCUCACUGGAGCUCCACGGUUCUGGCUGUUCUUCAUUGGACCCGGUAUUGUCUACACGCUGGAUAAGAUCGUGUCCCUACGUACCAAGUACAUGGCGCUGGACGUCAUUGAAACGGAUCUGCUGCCAUCGGAUGUGAUCAAGAUAAAGUUCUACCGUCCUCCCAAUCUAAAAUACCUGUCCGGCCAGUGGGUCCGAUUGUCCUGUACGGAAAUCAAGCCCGAAGAAAUGCACAGCUUCACGCUAACUUCGGCACCGCACGAGAAUUUCCUGAGCUGCCACAUCAAGGCCCAAGGUCCGUGGACGUGGAAGCUGCGGAACUACUUCGAUCCAUGCAACUACAACCCCGAUGAUCAACCGAAGAUCCGCAUCGAAGGACCAUUCGGUGGUGGUAACCAGGAUUGGUACAAGUUCGAGGUGGCCGUCAUGGUGGGUGGUGGCAUUGGAGUAACUCCGUAUGCUUCGAUCCUGAACGAUUUGGUGUUUGGAACGAGCACCAACCGGUACUCGGGAGUGGCCUGUAAGAAGGUGUACUUCCUGUGGAUCUGCCCUUCGCAUAAACACUUCGAGUGGUUCAUAGACGUCCUGCGGGACGUGGAGAAAAAGGACGUUACCAACGUGCUGGAAAUCCACAUCUUCAUCACACAGUUCUUCCACAAGUUCGAUCUGCGAACGACCAUGCUGUACAUUUGCGAAAACCACUUCCAACGCCUUUCGAAAACGUCCAUGUUCACGGGUCUAAAAGCUGUGAACCAUUUCGGUCGACCCGAUAUGUCUAGUUUCCUUAAAUUUGUACAGAAGAAGCACUCCUAUGUAUCGAAAAUAGGCGUGUUCUCGUGCGGGCCUCGGCCCCUCACCAAGAGCGUCAUGUCGGCGUGCGACGAAGUCAACAAGGGUAGAAAGUUGCCAUAUUUCAUCCACCACUUUGAAAACUUUGGCUAAGCCAACCAGAGCAGAGCGAUGAUAGUUUUCAUUCUGAUAUAUAAAAAUAAGAACUUACCACCACACCACCCUUCGAUUGCUCAUUUAGGUUUUUAUUAUUUUGUCAAUUUUAUGUUUUUUUUUAUUUGUUAAGCUUAGCGAAGUUUCGCCUGCGAUCCCUAGGAUAAAUUGUCAAUCUCGCUAGCGAUAAGAAGUUUAGAUGAGUAUGUGUAAAGUUAAGCCGUUAUUUCCGUUAGAUGUCGGUUCGUGUCAAAAUGUGUCGUCGUGAAUGAAGAAGUAUUAGCUGCUUGGGCCCUUCAAGGUCCCAGAAGUGUAUUUAUUUGUUUUGUUAAUUUUGUUCAAGCGAAAUGAUAUUCAUCGAUUAGGCAAUGUGCUUCGUUUCAACGUUGAGCACAAAUCUGAUCCGAUCCAGUCUGUCCAGUGCAUCUUACAAAUUGUUAGUGAAACGCUAGUGAUAUUACCAUUAAUUCGCCUGAAAGAACAAACGCAAUCCCAUUGUGCAGAAACGAUAACCGUUCAGUGCAUCGAAUUAGUAUAAGAGACACUUACCGCUGCAGGAUGUCAUAAUUCAUCCAGAGCUGCAACCAACAACUGCCCGAUUUCAUGCAACGAAUGAAUAAAAUCAUCAGUGAACAAUAGUUUCGUUUUAAGAUAGCGCUAUCUUUUAAAUUAUGUUGGCUACAACUUGUCGAAAUUUUAACACUGCUGAGCAUUUCGAAUACGGUGUUUCUAUUAAAUUCCCAAUGUUGUUCUUUACGCUUUGUCACUUAAGAAAACUCUCGAAAACAUGUUCAUUAUUUCUUUCCAUUUAGUCAUGUAACUUAUCGAUAAUACUUACUGUAUGUGUUGUAAAUAGCUUUGUCAGCAAAUCUGUAUUUAUUACCGCAGUAGAAAAAGAUACUAGUGAAAAUUUUCAA